AUGAAUUUUCUAAAGUCCUUUCAUUAUAAGGUUUUGUUAAAUGAUAUUAAAUGCAAUUACAAAAUUUGUAAUUAAAAUAAAGAGAUAUUUCUCAAAUUCUAAAAUAAAUAUUUUUUAUUUAAGAUAGGAAAUUAGUGUAUGGAGGAUAAGAUAACUUCUAUAAUUACAGAUGAUAGAAUAGAUGAAAUCUUUCAUCUAAAAGCAUCAAAAGAAGAGCUCCUGAUAAUUUUGAAUUAUAUCAUAAUGGACUAUAAAAAAUAUUAAAUGACAGAUAAAAUAUUACUACAAUCUGAUAAGUUAUAGAAACUGACAUUUGAGGAAUGUUUAGAUAAGCGUUUUGUAUAUUUAUUUGUUCCUGGAGUAAGAAAUUCUAUGGAUUCUACAUGUCAAAAAGAGGUUAGAUAUACAUAUGAGCCAAGAGAUGGUAAGAUAAGUAAAGAGAAAUAUAGAAAUGGACGUAAAACUGAAUCGACAGAUAUCACAUUUGAAUAAAUAAAUAAAAUGGUUUGUUCUUUCAAUUAAAGCACAGGGGUUUUUCUGUCAAGUAAACCUAAUUUUGCAGAAAGUAGAUUUGUGGCUCCUUUGCUUCCUCAAGAAGAAGUGGCAAAGAGAGAAAAAGUUUAAGUGAAGGGGGGACAAAUGUAGUAUGUAUAAUAGCCAAGAAAAAAUCGACCUGCUUUUAAAAAUUAUACUGUUGAAGAAAUUUCUAAACACAAUAAACCUGGAGAUGUAUGGACAGUAUUGAAUGGAAAAGUCUAUGAUAUAUCAAUAUACAUGGAUUAUCAUCCUGGAGGAGCUGAAAAAUUAAUGUUAGGAGCAGGAAAAGAUUGUACUAAAUUAUUUAAUUAAUUUCAUUCAUGGGUUAACGGACAUGCUUUUUUAGAACAAGAUUAUAUUGGCAAUCUUAAGCAUUGA